AUGAGCAGGAAGGAAGAGCCCGGCAAAUGUUUCCCGGCGGCGGCGGCGGCGGCGGCGGCGGCCCCCGGCUCCAGCUUCACCAUCCAGUCCAUCCUGGGCGGCGGCUCCUCGGAAGGGCCCCGGGAGGUCGGGGCGGGGGGCCCGGCGGGGGCCGCGGCGGGGCCGGGCCGGACCCGCAGGAAGCGGAGCCUGUCCGUGUCGUCCGAGGAGGAGGAGCCCGACGAAGGCUGGAAGCCCCUCGGCUGCUUCUGCCCGGACUCGAGCCUGGGCCCCGAGGCCCCCGGCCGGCCGAGCCCCCCGAGCCCCCCGAGCCCCCCGAGCCCCCCGACCCGCCCGCGCCGCCCGCCCAUCGCUUUCACCUGUCUCGCUCCUUUCCCUGGGACGGGCCGGGGCUGUCCCGCGGGGCCGUGGCGGCGGCCCGUCGGUUACCGUUCCCGCGCCUGUUCCUUCCAAGGUGCCGCCCCCGCCCAGGGCGGAGCCGGGCCGGACAGCCAGGCCAGGCCGGCGUUCCCGGCCGCGUCGCCGCCGGAGCCGCAGGAGGCCGGCCGCGAGAAGCUCCCGGCCGCGGGGGCCCCGUCGGCGGGCGCCGCCAAGAAGAAGACGCGCACCGUGUUCUCCCGCAGCCAGGUGUACCAGCUGGAGUCCACCUUCGACCUGAAGCGCUACCUGAGCAGCUCGGAGCGGGCCUGCCUCGCCUCCAGCCUGCAGCUCACCGAGACCCAGGUCAAGACGUGGUUCCAGAACCGCCGCAACAAGUGGAAGCGGCAGCUGGCGGCCGAGCUGGAGGCGGCCAACGUGGCCCACGCCUCGGCCCAGACCCUGGUGGGCAUGCCCCUCGUGUUCCGAGACAGUUCCUUGCUGCGGGUGCCCGUGCCCCGCACCCUCGCCUUCCCCGCCCCUCUCUACUACCCGGGCAGCAACCUGUCCGCCUUACCGCUUUACAACCUCUACGGUAAGAUCGACUACUGACCGGCCCGCCGGCUCGCCCCCUUUCCCUGCCAGAUUGAUCCCUUUCUCCCUCCUCUUCCCCAUCUCCCUGC